CUGUAACUUCGACUGACCUCCUAAAGAUUCUUAAGAACUUUAAUAGCCAAUGAACUUUUAGAUGGUCAGCUUUAUGUAGCAGGCUCUAAAAACAAAAACUAAAACAAUGUAGCAGGAGAAAUCAGGGCCAAUGUUGAGCCCUUGAGAUCAUAAAGAAGGAGAAGAGUCUGAAGACAUAUGAGCAUAAAUCUCUAGCUUCAUGACCUUAGGGUUGAAUCUCUCCAUGACGACAUUUGGCCAGUGUAAAGGCAGAAGAGAAAGCGGGCUAUUUUUGAACACAUCCAUCCCUUUUUCCUGGACCAUGUUCCUGUGGGAGGGCCUGGGAAUGUUUCUCUCCCUCCGCUCUUUUUCUGCCGAUAACAGGAACUCCUAGGCAUCAUUACAAGUUCUGUUACAGCUCUAAACAGGCAUACUGGAACUAUAGGAUCAUUAGAAGACCAGGAAAAACAGAGAGACAGGUGCAGAGGAUGUCCAGAGGUGACUGGGGUUUUCUAGAACACCUGUUAGAGGAAAGUCAGGAGUUCUCAACUGGUGUGGGGCGUGUGUGGCUCACUGUACUUUUUCUCUUCCGUAUCCUCGUCUUGUGUGCUGCGGCUGAGUCUGCAUGGGAUGACGAACAGGCCGAUUUUGUCUGCAACACCAAACAGCCCGGCUGUGAGUCUGUGUGCUAUGACAAGGCUUUUCCUGUCUCCCAUUUCCGAUACUUUAUUCUGCAGGUCGUCUUUGUCUCCACACCCAGCCUUUUAUUUUUUGGUUAUGUGGCCCUGAGGAGACACAAGGAGCCAGGAGAGAAGCCAGAGGAGCAACAUGGGAGAAAGAAGGACAGAAAAGCCAAAGAACUCAAGCUAGAUGUGAUACAGGAAGAGAAUGAAGAUGCAAAACAGAUGCUAAAGGCAAAGAAACUUCCCAAGCAUCCUAAGCUCAAGGGGAAGCUCCUGGGUGCAUACACUGUCAGCAUAGUCCUGAAGGUCCUAAUUGAGGUUAGCUUUAUUGUUGGAUUGUGGUUCCUCUAUGGAUUUGUAAUUCCAGCCAAGUAUGAAUGCGAGCGAACUCCCUGCCCCCACACGGUGGACUGUUUCGUCUCUCGGCCCACUGAGAAGACCAUUUUCACAAUAUAUAUUCAGGUCAUCGCUUCAGUCUCUGUGUUGCUCAAUGUUGUAGAGCUUUUCCACCUUCUUCAACUGUCCAUCACACAUUAUUUUGAGACGAAGUACCAAUAUCAGGAACUAGGGAUCCCUCGAGUAAUAGAGAAAACGCCAACAAAACUGCAGCCAACAGAGGUUCAGGUUCGAUCUUACCAGGAAAAAGGCCAUCUCUAUCUUCCAGCAGAAAAUGGCAGCUAUGCUCAGUCUGUCAUGGACUGGACUGAGAGUGGGCCACACCCAACAGAGGACAUGCUUCCAACAUACUUAAACUGUAUUGGUGGCACUACACAUAGAGGUCACUACAAAAAGAAUGUUUGCACCAAACCCAAUACGUGUGAUCUUAAAGAGAAACACUCAAAUGAUCAACUUUAUGUAUAAGCAUAGACAACCAGUGUAAUGGAUCGCGUUUUGGAAUAUCAGAGGGUGGGGUGAAAUUCCACUUUUUGGUCCCAAAGCCCCAAAGCAUUGCUGUGAGACAAUUGCAUUUCCUCCAUUUCCUGUUUGGAUGAACAGUGGAAUGUACUGUGCUGUAGAGUAAACUCACUUUUCGAACAGGAUUUAAGGAUGGGAUAGAGAUAGGGGGUAACACUGAUUGCCAAAAUUAGACAUAAAGUAGUAUUUCUGGAGAACCAUUUGAACAUAGAUAGCAAAGAUAAAUUGUAGUUUGAAGCAAUCUGCUCAAACAGUAAAUAAGGUACAGUAAAAAAAAAACAACAACAACAAAAAAAACAUAAUUUAAGGAAAUGUCUACUGUAGAGUUUUACAAUUUUCACUCAACCUAAUGCCUGUUAUUGAGCCAAAGAAAUGUGCUACAGAGAAGUCUGAUUUCUAAUUUCAAGACUAUUACUACUUUUGUGUAUGGACCUUUUUAUCAUACCUGUUUUAGCAUCAUUCCAUUGGCUGGCCUGUUUCCUUUAGAAUGGACUGCAAAUUGUAUUACCAGUUUUUAAAUUUCUUAAUAGUAUUGAACUUGCACCCAUCUCUGAAUGCCUGAUAAACUAUGCCCCGGAUUGUGUGUUAGGAUUAAAAAGAGCUAGCCUUUGCCAGAUUACAGUUAUAAAUCUUUAAAAAAAAAACAAACAAACUGGUGAAGCAGUUUUCAUCAGGCACCGUUUAUCACUAAAACAUAUUUUCUACUUUAGCAUUUAACUAGAUUUUAUUAUUUGCCUUACUGUUAAUGCCACAUUACUUUACCAUUACUGUUGUAUUAUUUUAAUUAUUGUAUUUUUAUUCUAUUCUUGCACAUUUCACUAUUCACAUUUUAUAUUGUUAUUAAAUUAUUAAUUUAUUCUGUCA